UAUAUCCUCUCCCACGACUCUCUCCUUUAACCAACUCCUACUCCCAGAAGAUCAAAAUCCAAAAGUGACACCUAUACAGAACCCUCGCUGCGAAUAUUCUCUGGAAAAUUCUCUCUUUUAAAUACUUAAACCAUUUCUUUAUUUCAUCAGCUUCUCAAAAGAUCUCUUUCCCUCCUCGAGUUUUAACCAAAGGGCAACGGAAGGAAACCCCAUAUCUGAGAAAUGUCUAUUUUCGUCAGAGCCAAACGAGUCACUGAUCCCCUCGAUGAUAAGGCUAAAGCUCGACUCGUCGGUACCCAACUCAGUUAUGUCAGCAGCGGGAGUGAACAUUCCGCCGAUGAUUCCCCUUGUCUCUCCGAACUCGUUCAUGGGUUUCUCGAAGACGAUUCCGAUUUUCAGUCCUUGGGGUACGAGUCUGAUUCUGAUCACGAUGAUGACUUGGUCGCCGAUUGUACGGACGUCGUCGUGGACAUUGUGAGAUCAGCUACUGGGAACAGUAUGGAUUCGUUUAGAAAUAAGCUGUUGGCUAAUGUUUUGAAAGCCAUGGAAAUGUUUUCGUGCCUCCGAAAUCAAAGACCUGUUUUCAGGCGGCAAGUGAUGACAUUUCUGAGAGAUUUGGGAUACAAUGCAGGGAUCUGUAAGACCAAAUGGGACUCCUCCGGCGGCCUAACUGCAGGGAACUACGAGUUCAUUGACGUGGUUCAAUCGUCGUCCACGUGUCAAAACCGGUACAUCAUCGAUCUGGACUUCGCUUCGCAGUUCGAGAUUGCGAGGCCUACGAGUCAAUAUUUGAAGCCCUUGCAGUCAUUGCCUAGGGUGUUUGUAGGAAGAAAUGAAGAGCUGAAGAAGAUCAUCAAAGCCAUGUGUGACGCGGCGAGGAGAUCACUGAAAAGCAAAGGCCUCACAAUUCCUCCUUGGAGAAAAAACCGUUACAUGCAAAAUAAAUGGCUGUGUCCGUACCGUCGGACGGCUAACACAAUUCCGGCGAGCUCAUUAACGCCGGUUAUGCAGCCCGUUAAUGGAGUGAAAUGUCGUCUUGUCGGGUUCGAGGACGGCGUGAACGGCCGUGUAUUUGUCCGUACGAGAUAAUUAUAGCCGUCGAAAUUAUAAAACACAGCAAAACCAUCAAUUAUUACAUAAAACAACUAAAUUGUGAAUUA